GUGUGCUGGAGGCCGAAGUGAGCGAAGCUGGAAGGCAUUAUUAAGACGUUCCAAGGCAGAGGCUGAUUCAUCAGACAGCAUCUGACAACAGCGAGGCGUGCCGGCGAUGGAGUUACCAUGACAACUACUGAUGUGUUCCCGGAGUUUGCUCCGCCAAUAUGCGAGCCAGCCGCCGGGCCGGCCCACAAGAAGCGGCGGAUGCUGCACACUCUGGCGGCAGUGGCUGUCCUUCUCGCCACCGGCACCACCAUAACCAGCCUCAACAAAUGCAUCUUCGCCGUCUACAAUUUCCGGUACCCCCUCCUGCUGUCGGCGCUUCACAUGCUGACAGCCAUUGUUAUCGACUACGCUUUGAUCCGGAUGGGAUUCGUCAACCUGGAGAUUAAAGAAGUCACCGGGUUACCUGCUGCUGCUAAAUUCAAAGUGUUCCUGCUCAGCUUGACCUUCUGUGCCACCAUCGGCUUUGGCAACAUGGGACUGAAUUGCGUGCAGCUCUCCUUUGCACAAGUGAUCUCCACCACCACUCCUCUAUUUACUAUAGCCAUAUCAAAGCUCUUUCUGGGUAAGGACCACCACAUCCUCAAGUACACUGCCAUGAUGCCCAUCUGCCUGGGAGCAUCAUUCAGUCUCAUGGGUGAGGUGCAGUUUGAUCACAAAGGAUGCCUCUACAUUUUUGCGGCAACUAUGUUGAGAGGAGUGAAGUCUAUCCAACAAAGUAUUCUGCUUCAGGAAGAAAAGAUCAACUCUGUCAUCCUGCUCUAUUUGAUGUCCAUCCCAAGUUUCUGCAUCCUUAUUUCAGCUGCUUUACUGCUGGAGGGUGGCAAUGAAUGGGAAUCAUCGGCCAAAUAUGACAACAGACUUUGGAUAUUCAUCCUUCUCAGCUGCCUCGGCUCAGUCCUGUACAACCUGGCAAGCUUUUGUGUCACCACACUUACCUCUGCUGUCACUCUACAUGUUCUGGGUAACCUCAACAUGGUUGGAAACCUUGUUAUUUCACAAGUCCUCUUUGGCAGUGAGAUGACUGCGUUAAGCUACGCUGGAAUCGGGCUAACGCUAACGGGUGUGUUGAUGUAUCAGAACUCAGACUUAAUAACAGACUAUCUGAAUUCAAGAAUUAGACAUCACGAUGAGCAAGACAAGUUAAAAACUGACUGAAAGAAAGCCUUGUGUAUAGACGGAAAUGAUGUAUUUGUAAUGCAGUAGAGUU